AUGCUUUCUGCUACUUCGGGGGCGAUGCGCAUGGGCGCUCGCCGUGUAGCCCCCCGAGCGGCCUCGAUUGUUGUCGCGCCGCUGCCAAGGGCUUCUGUCGGCCGACGCACCGCUCUGGCCCAAGCCCGUUCCCUCACCUCCACGAGCCGCCUCUCGUACGCCCUCAACACGAACCCAAACCCGCCCCUAGGUAAGAAGAAUGCCUCCAACGACGCCCCGUCGCGGAUUGGCCUCAUCGGCGCGCGUGGCUACACCGGUCAGGCACUGAUCGAUCUGCUCAACAACCACCCCAACAUGGAUCUGCAGCAUGUUUCUUCGCGAGAGCUCGACGGCCAGGAACUCAAAGGGUACACCAAGCGCAAAGUCAUCUACGAGAACCUGUCGCCCGAGGAUGUCGCGCGCCUGGACAAGGACGGCAAGGUCGACUGCUGGAUCAUGGCCCUCCCCAACGGCGUCUGCAAGCCCUACGUCCAGGCGCUUGGCCAGAGCUCCAGCGUCAUUGUUGACAUCUCGGCCGAUUACCGAUUUGAUAACUCGUGGGCCUAUGGUCUUCCUGAGAUGCUAGCACGGCCCAAGAUUGCCCAGUCGACUCGCAUCAGCACUCCCGGGUGCUAUUCGACAGGCGCACUGCUGGCCCUGAACCCCAUUCUGGAACACCUAGGAGCCUCACCCACCAUCUUCGGAGUCUCGGGCUACAGCGGAGCCGGGACCAAACCUUCUCCCAGGAACGAUGUUGCCCUUCUGCAUGACAAUCUUCUGCCAUACAGCUUGACUGGCCAUAUGCACAAGCGUGAAAUUAACCACCAUCUUGGCAUCUCAUCCGCAUUUAUUCCACACUGCGCCUCCUGGUUCCGUGGCAUUCACUUGACCCUUAAUGUUCCCCUGAACAAAACAAUGAGUUCUCGAGACAUCCGCCAGAUCUACCAAGACCGAUAUGCUGGCGAAAAGCUUGUCAAGGUCGUUGGCGAAGCCCCGCUUGUGAGGGCGAUCCAGAACAAACACGGCGUUGAGAUUGGUGGUUUUGCGGUUGACAAGACUGGUCAGCGUGUGGUCGUCUGCGCCACCAUUGACAACCUCAACAAGGGUGCCGCUACCCAAUGCCUACAGAACAUGAACCUCGCGCUUGGAUACGACGAAUACCAAGGAGUUCCUUUGUAG